AUGACCAAGGAAGAGGUGGACCUAAUGAAACAAGUACAACGAGAGGCUACAGCUAACCGUGCUCGGCUUCGAAACGCACAUCAACAAUACAAACCUUCCCCCUACGCAGCUUCAGAAGGAUCCGUAGCGAGCAGAGACAUUCCAAUCCUCAACCCGUCUAUGAAUGAUGCAGCCAACAUUCAGCACCCCGAAGGGAGCAAGAGAAGGUCUUCAUCUGGACGACUGCUGUUCAUCAACUCCACCUUGGCAAACAAGAACUGGCAACAGAGUGAGCCCUCGACCGCAACAAGUGUGGUGAGCAUCGGAAGCGUCACCAGUUCAGAGCCAAGUCAGAAAGAGGAGAACGACCCUAGAAACGUAGGCCAGAUCCGUCAGGUGUACGUCGCAGAACCGAAAGCGUACUGGACAGGUCGUUAUAUUUCCCUGUGUGACCGACUCCGUAUGGCAGAGCUCAAGAGACCUCCUCCAUCACCAUCCGAGACCAAUGAGAAGCAGAUUGAUCGUUUGUUCGAAAGUAGCGAGAAGGUUCGAAUGAACUCGGCUCUGGAAGAAUUGAGGGGCCAUUGCAAGACUUCCGAAGCACUCAUCAGCUUUGAAGCCUUUGAGGGCUCUUUGCUGAAAAGCAUGGGGAUAUCUCGCCAAAGCCUUCAUCGAGCAGGUGCUGUUGCAUAUGGAACAAAGGUGGCGGACCGGGGAUUGACAGCGUCUCGUACGAUGCCGUUAGCAAUGGCUGUGUCUCACACGCCUGUGACUCUAUCAUCCUCAAUGAGUCGGAUCUCUAGCGUCAAUGGUGAGCCUGCUAUGACGGAUGCAUCCAGGACCUGCUAUGGUGAAGGUAAUUUAACGAAAAGUAAGACCACCGGCAACCUGUCGUCGCUGAUUCCAAUCAUUCCAAAGAGGCGACAUGUUAUUAUAACUGGUCCUGCAUCCAAACAGAACAGCGUUCAGCAAAUUUCGCAUAGGCGGCAGUCUUCCUACUUCGAGGGCUCCCCUGAGACCAGAACCAAGGCGCUGAAGGAACGGGAACAACGCGCGGCUCGAAGAGCGGCCGAAGCACAUUGGCGAUCGACGUCGCAAGCGCUGUCUCCAGACGGACCGAGCAGCCGUCCACCCUCUGGUAAAGUGCUCGAACCUGGAGAGAUGAGUCAACCUCAGCUCGUCUCUUACAGCUCUAGCAUCAAAGGGUCUGAUGAACUCAGCUAUUCAUUGAGCGCUACCGCGUUAGAAAGCGGACAUGGACGGCCACCACCAGUACCGACGAACGUUGCGCCAUCUCGGGUCGAGUUGGUCAACAUGGCUUCGGGCGGCAAAGAGAAGGUGAUCAAGUCUCGACACAAGCCAGAACGGCAAUUCAGCGGGGAUAGGGUCAAGACUUUCCUUGAAGCCGGGGUACGAGAGGUGAGGAAGAUGGGCCGACGAGUCAGUGGCAUGAGCUGGCCAGGAAGCGGGGAGUACUAG